AUCGAAUUCAUGUAGGAUAAUCGCGGUGUCUUGAAGGGCCGGUUGUUCUUUUCUGAGAAGCAGAAGGCUUUAAUUUCCUUCACCCGAGGGAUAAUUGAAAGAAAAGUUAAUAAAGUCGAUAUUAUUUGAAACAUGCUGAAAAUAUUUCGAGCUGAGAAUGCUCGUCUGGGAAGAACUCGGUUAGCGAAGCCCGAGGGUUUCAGAAAAUGUAGCAAGCAGGCAACGCAGAUUAAGUAUCCAAAGAGGAUAUUCUCCGGAAUUCAGCCUACGGGAAUCGUACAUUUGGGAAAUUACUUCGGUGCCAUUGGGAGAUGGGUGGAAUUGCAGGACUCCGGCGAAGCAGUUAUGUGCAGCAUAGCGGAUUUGCAUUCCAUCACUUUGCCCCAAAAUCCUCAAACAUUGAGAGAGAAUAUUCUACUGACAACCGCAACCCUGAUAGCGUGUGGCGUAGACUUCAAGAGGAGUAUCUUGUUUCGACAGUCCGACGUAUCGAUGCAUGCGGAACUAUGUUGGAUCUUGUGCUGCAUCACGACCAUGGCGAGGCUGGCGCACCUACCACAAUUCAAGGAAAAAAGCGAAUCUUUGAAGAAUGUGCCUCUAGGCUUGUACAUUUACCCCGUUCUACAAGCAGCUGAUAUAUUAUUGUACAAAGCAACGCACGUUCCCGUUGGACAAGAUCAAGCUCAGCAUAUUCAAUUGGCACAAGACUUAGCGCAGAUAUUUAACAGACAGUUUGGACAAACCUUCCCGAUACCACAUACCCUUAUUAGUGAUGGUCCGAGCCAGAGAAUAAAGUCUUUACGUGACCCUACGAAAAAAAUGUCAAAAUCACACACAGAUUCCAAGUCCAGGUUAAACAUCUUGGAUGAACCUGAUGUGCUGUUGAACAAACUGAAAAAAGCUAUUACCGACUUUACGUCCGAAGUGACUUACGAGCCGGAAAAACGACCAGCAGUGGCCAAUUUGAUUAAUAUACAUUCUUUGUUCACCGGGAAGACCCCGGAGGAAAUAUGUAAGGAGGCCGAAGGUUUAAAUACAGGACAGUACAAAUUGGUGGUGGCAGAUGUAGUGAUAGAAAAAUUAUCUCCAAUUCGUGAGGAUAUAUUGAAAUUAACCAAAGAACCCGCCUAUUUAGAUAAGAUUUUGAAGGAAGGUGCAGAAAGGGCCACAGAACUUGCGACAAACUGUUGGACGGAAGUUGUAGAAAAAGUUUUUUCCGGUAAUGGCAUACAGGACAUGAAGAGUAUGACAAAUACUAAAACGUUAUGUAGAACAUAAUUAUUUAUUGCUGAUAAGCACCACCACACUAUUUGCAAAAAAUAUAUUAAUUUUAUAUAUACAUUAGUAUAU